UCGCUUCUGUCUGAAGCCCAGAGACAGUCUUUCAGGAGCACAGUGAUCAAUCCGGUGCUGAAGUUAGUUGAAAUCCAGGAGAAAAUUGACCCGAAGCAAUACACAGCAUCAGCAGAGGAACUCCGACUGCUCGUAAGGGGAAGGAUAUAGUAAAAGCUCGGCUACGGCGGGGAGAAAAGACACACCUCAGAAACGGGAACCCAACACUGACACCUGGCAACCCUGUAGGGAAAACGCCUGUCUCUCCAAUCUGGCAACCCUUGCAUCCCAGACGCACGGAGGAGAGCAGCGCACGAGCCUCGAUGCCGAAACCACGGAGUCGAUUUCAUGGACUAAAACGUGAAUUUGGACCUGGUCCUGACACGCAAGGCCUGUGUGUUUUAUUUUGCACGCCGAUCUGGACCUGACGAUGAUGAAGAUGAAGAAGAAGAUGAUGAUGAUGAAAACAGGGAGAUUUAUUUUGGACGGAGGAUCAGAGAUGCGCGCGCGCGCGUGUGUGUGUGUGUGUGUACUCUGACUGACUGAGUGAGUGAGUGACCUGGGCGGAUCAUGCAUGCAGAGAAUCCACAUCUCUCUCAGUAAAUCUGCUCGCGCUCCCCGGUACAGCUCAGCAGUGGUAUUUGGAUGGAUGAUGCGCUCGCACGAGCGCUUAAGAGAUCAGAUCAUUUAUGAGCGCGUGGGGUUUUAACCUUAAUAUGUCAAGCUUGCACUGCACACAGGAGUGUGUAUCAGUGUAAAAAAAAAAAAAAAAAAAGCGCGCGCGCGCGCGUGUGUGUGUGUGUGUGUGUAUGUUAUUCCUGGAGGAAUCCUCAGAUUGUUGAUGCUGGUGUUGGAGAUUCCGGAUGCAGGGUGGGAUUGUUUUUUUCCGCGUGUUAAUGCGACAUGUGUUUCCUCCUGAGAGCAUCAUCACCCUCACCAUCAGCAUCAAUCUCAGCAUCACCUUCACCUUUCACUGCACAAAUCUGACUCUUUUCUCCCCGUAAAAUCACCGUUUUUUCUUCUUCUCACCUUCUCCUCUGCCUCUGACACGCACCGUCGUGGUGUUGCCAGAUUGGGGGGUUUCUACCCUCAUUUUUGGCGCAUCGUUACUUCCCUUAGGGGUUUAAUUAAAAAAGAAAAAGGUGUUUGCUUUUCAAUCCUUUGACACACUCGGUGGCGACGCGUCUGGUGGACAUAACGCUCCCGAUACGUGCGCGCGCGUCUUGAUGGUUUUGGCGUUUUUAAAAUGGCCGACUAAAGAGCGCUUUUACCCCCCAUUUUUUGCGGCGUGGUGGGGAUUUUACGCCGUGGGCAGCGCGCGCGCCAGGAAGAUGGCGGCUUAUUAAACUUUAAUGUUUAUGCGCUCGAGCCCAAAGAGGAGAGAAGAAGGAAUAAAGAGAAGAGGAGGAAGAGGAGGAGGAGGAUAAUGGAGGUCGGAUGCUAAGGCCAAGAGAGAGAGAGGAUACAGGAGAAAGCUUUGCCUAAACUGAGAGGGAAACCUGAGUUGGUAAGCCUGCCCGCUCCUCCUGGCUCUGCCCAUCCCUACCCAUUACCAUGGCAGUGUCACUGUGGUUAUUGUGGAUGUGUGCUGUCUCGCUGACUAACAUCACCCCCUCAGAACAAGCUCUGAGCAGGGCGGCGAUGCCCUUUGGUCUGAUGAGGAGAGAGUUGGCGUGCGAAGGUUACCCCAUUGAGCUGCGCUGCCCAGGAAGCGAUGUCAUCAUGAUUGAGACGGCCAACUACGGCCGCACGGAUGACAAGAUCUGCGAUGCUGAUCCGUUUCAAAUGGAGAACGUGCAGUGUUACCAACCAGAUGCCUUCAAGAUCAUGUCUCACAGGUGUAAUAACCGUACUCAGUGUGUGGUUGUUGCCGGAGCGGAUGUGUUUCCUGACCCCUGCCCCGGAACAUAUAAAUACCUGGAAAUCCAGUAUGAGUGUGUGCCAUACAUCUUCGUUUGUCCGGGCACUCUGAUUGGUGUUUUGGAGGCCAGUUUGGUGCGAGAGGCGGAGCAUCAGUCAGGGGCAUGGUGUAAAGAUCCCCUGCAGGCUGCCGAUAGGUUGUAUGUAAUGCCGUGGACUCCAUACCGCACAGACACGCUGUACGAGUACGCGUCCUGGAAUGACUAUCGACAAAGCCGAGUCACCACUACCUAUAAGUUGCCGAGUCGAGUGGACGGCACAGGGUUCGUGGUGUAUGAUGGCGCUGUGUUCUACAAUAAAGAACGAACUCGGAACAUUGUUAAAUAUGACCUGCGGACCCGCAUCAAGAGUGGAGAGGCCAUUGUGACCAAUGCCAACUACCAUGACACAUCACCAUACCGCUGGGGAGGGAAGUCAGAUAUUGACCUUGCUGUUGACGAACAUGGCCUGUGGGUCAUCUACGCCACAGAGGAGAACAAUGGACGAAUAGUCCUCAGCCAGGUGAACCCAUACACACUGCGUUUUGAAGGGACAUGGCAGACAGGCUUUGAGAAGCGCAUGGCAUCGGAUGCGUUUGUUGCGUGCGGUAUCCUGUAUGCCGUUCGCUCCGUCUACCAGGACGAUGACAGUGAGGCGGGUGGGGACUUUAUACUCUAUGCCUAUGACACACGACGAGAAAGGGCAGAGUCUGUAAGCAUCGCUUUUCCCAACCCAUACCAACACAUCUCGUCUAUCAGUUACAACCCUCGAGACAAUCAGCUAUACGUGUGGAACAACUACAAUGUCCUACGCUACCCUCUGGAGUUCAGACCCCCACAGCCCACUGCAGACCCUCUCUCCACACCACUCCUGUCCUCCACCACUGCUCUCUCCCCUGUCUCAUCUACAGUAUUUUUGGGCUUCAGUCCAAGCCCCCCACUCUCAGUGACAUUUAACCCAGCCGGUUCGAAAAACCGUGGCCGGCCCAUCACGGCCUCGGUGCCCGUGACGUUGCGCCCACCUCGCCAGCCACGAGGCCGCACUCCUAUGUGUGAGGAAAGAGUGAGCCGUGGAGUACAGUGGCCCCAAACACCCCACGGAGAGAAUGUCCAGAGACCCUGCCCAAAAGGAUCACUCGGUUUAGCCUCCUAUCACUGUAUGGCUGACGAGGUGGUGUGGAACCCCAGAGGUCCUGACCUUAGUAAUUGUACAUCACCCUGGGUCAACCAGGUCGCUCAGAAGAUAAAGAGUGGAGAGAAUGCAGCACAUAUUGCUGCCGUGCUCGUCAAUCACACACGGGGACAGGUGUAUGCUGGUGAUGUCACUUCCUCUGUGCGUCUGAUGGAGCAGCUGCUGGACAUUCUGGACUUUCAGCUCCAGGCGUUACGGCCCGCCAACAAGGACUCGGCCACACGCAACUACAACAAACUUCAGAAGAGAGAGAGAACCUGCAGAGCGUUCAUUCAGGCCAUGGUGCAGACGGCCGAUAAUCUUUUGAGCUUGAAGGCGUUGGACUCGUGGCAGGACAUGAACAUGACUGAUCAGUCUCACACGGCCACCAUGCUGCUAGACGUGAUGGAGAAAGGCUCCUUCCUGCUGGCCAACAACCUCUAUGAGGGGCGAUUUAGCGAGCGCGCGCCCAAUAUUGAUCUGGAGGUGUAUGUCCUGAAUGCGGAUACGGAGAUUGGAGAUCUGCACUUCCCACACUCAUAUGACAGUGACAGCACCAUCCAUCUCUCUGAAGCUACAAUCAAACAGUACAGCCGUAAUGGUCAGGUGAAGGUGGUGUUUGCGCUUUAUAAAAAUCUCGGCCCUUUCCUGUCCACCCAAAACGCCACGGUGAAGACAGAGGUGGAGCUAAAGUCAGGAGCGAGGACUCUGGCUGUCAAUUCCCAUGUAAUAUCUGCCUCCAUCAAUAAAGAGUCCAGCCGUGUGUUUUUGACUGAACCUGUCAACUUCACACUCAGACACCUACAGCUAGAGAAUCACUAUGGGCCAAACUGCUCAUUCUGGAACUACUCGGAGCGCUCGAUGACGGGUCAGUGGUCUUCUCAGGGUUGCAGGCUUGUAUACAGCAACAACACACACACUACCUGCUCCUGCUCGCAUCUCACCAACUUCGCUCUGCUCAUGAGCCGCCAGACACCUGCUUACACGGGUGGCAUGCAGGCUCUCAUUCUGUUUGUCGUUUCCUGGGUGGGCAUGGUGAUUUCCCUAGUGUGUUUGGCUCUGUGUAUCUCCACCUUCUGCUGCGUAAAGGCCGUGCAGAGCGAGCGCACCACCAUCCACAAGAACCUGUGCCUCACGCUCUUCAUCUCGCAGCUCCUCUUCCUCAUCGGCAUGGACAGGACCCACUACACCGUGGCAUGCCCUGUGCUAGCUGCUCUGCUGCACUUCUUCCUUCUCUCUGUCUUUUGUUGGUUGUGUGUCGAGGCCGUUCAGCUCUAUGUGCUGCUGGUCGAGGUGUUCGAGAGUCCGUCCUCACGUAGGAAGUACUACUACACUGCUGCCUAUGGCUUUCCUACGUUGGUGGUGGCCAUUUCGGCCUCCAUCGACUACACUGGCUACUCCAGCCCCACCAGCUGCUGGCUGCGUGUGGAUAACUACUUCAUCUGGCUGUUUAUUGGCCCUGUCUCCCUUGUUAUCCUGCUGAAUCUGGUAAUCCUAAUGGUCACAGUGCACAGGAUGAUCCGCCAUUCUAACGUGCUCAAGCCUGACUCCAGCCGCUUCGACAACAUCAAGUGUUGGACGCUGUCUUCAGUCAUUCUGCUCUUGUUGGUGACGUUAACAUGGAUCUUUGGCCUCCUCUUCAUCAGUGAAAACAGUGCACUCAUGGCCUACCUCUUCACAUCCUUUAAUGCCCUGCAUGGUCUGUUUAUCUUCAUCUUUCACUGUGCACUGCAGAAGAAGGUUCAGAAGGAGUAUGCUAAAUGCUUCCGUCAAUCAUCCUGCUGUGGUCAUGCCGCAUCUGGUGGUUCUCAUGGGUCCCUGAAGAGUUCGCACCGUGGAAACAACCGAUACUACAGCGGAGGCCAAUCGAGACACAAUCAAGUGCACCGACAGAGUCGUAUACGGAGGAUGUGGAAUGACACAGUUCGCAGGCAGACUGAGUCUUCCUUCAUGGCUGACCUCAACAACACACCCACCCUCAACAGAGGAACUAUGGGUAAUCAUCUCCUGGCCAAUCCAGUGUUGCAGACUCGCUCUGGCUCCUCCCCUUAUAACACGCUGUUGGCUGAAACAUUUAACCCACCCUCACCGGCUGUCUUCAACUCCACUGGUACCUUCAGAAACUCAAAGGGCACUCUAUCCCGCAGUCGUGAGUCAUGUGGCUUGGAGCCUGUUCGUCUGAAUGGAAACUACAAUAACAGCUACUCAGUGCAUGGUGGAAGUUCUGACCUCCUUGGCAGUGUCGCUGUGGGAGACGUCAGCCCUGCCCUUUUGACCCCCAGAGGGUCGGAGCCUCCAGGAGGUAUGAGGAGGAACCUGUCAGAUGCGGCAGCACUGGAGAAGAUGAUCAUCUCUGAGCUGGUGCAGAGCAACCUGCGUCCUGCUGCUGAUCGCUACAGCAGCAACACGGACACGGAGGCGGAGCCACGGGAGUACAUGAACGCAGGGAUGGGUCACAGGGAGCCACCCCAACGUCCUCUUCCCCGCCCACCACCGCCACCUCCACAGGAUGAAGAGGAACCACUUUACAAGGCUUUGGAGAAGCCCCGCCUUCCCGAUAAACCACGUGUUCCUGAUAAACCCCACGUGCCGGAGAAGCCCCGCCUCUUGGAGCACACACAGUCAGUGUUCUAUCAGAGUGAAGAGGAUUCAGAAAGCUUUUCGGCUGAAAUUACAGACAGCGUGGGUGGAGUUGGCCCUGACUCCUCCUCCCUGUAUGCAAGAGAUAGAGACUCUUCCUAUCCUGACAGCAGCCCUGAGGGUUUGGGAACUGAGCCUCGUUCAGCCUUGCCCCCUGAUGAAUUAUACUUCAGCACAGGGAGACACGCCCAUGUCUCUGCCUUCUACCAGCCCCCAUCACGCCGGACCAACGAGGAUAGUCGUCUGGGGCUAGACUCCUCCCACGGAGAAGGCGAUGGACAGAUGCAGCUGGUGACGAGUCUGUGACUAGGGCGCUGGUGACCAGGACAUGGAGAUCUAGGGGAGGAAAAAGGAAGAGUGAUAUCAUCAUCAUCAUCCAUUACUGUAGAACAGUACUACAGCACUCUACAGUAGAUAGUAGAUUAACAGCUGUUCUGUAAGAAUAUCGUUGGUGAGUGAGUCCUAGCCAAGCUGGGUGUCAUUGUUCAGUUGUCGCCGUUUCCCACCUGCUGACUAAACCAGGAUGGUGAGCGCUAAUACACGUCCUCUAAAUCAUAUAAAGACAGCCACUGCAUUUUUUCAAACUAUUCCACAUUGGCCAUGAGUCUACUACCAAAGGUUCCAGUGUGGUAAUGAAAUCCCCUCAAGACAGAACCUAAUGGCACCUGGGGGAGUGGCUAGCAGCAUUGUUUGGUGAUUGGCUAUGCAUUCAUUUUGGCACAGUGGCAUGAAGGUCCAUAUCACUAGGGUCCAAGGUCUGAUCCUAAGCUCAGUGUCUGUAAGAGGUUUUGCGUAUUGUCCACGUGGUUGUCCUCCAGUUUGCGCCUACCUUUCAUCAUAUAUAAGGUGAUUUGAGGAUUGGCAUCAGUUGCCAUUAGGUGUGAGUAUUGGGCUGGUAUACCGUGCAGGGGAUAGUCCUGACUUGCACUCGGAUUUACUAACGCACCGAAAAAUGAAUGAACAAGUAAAUUCAUGUGACUUGAGUCCAAUGAGUUUGUUGGUUAACCAGAUGACUUUUUUCCAUUCUAGAAGUUGGUGGGAAUCAAAAUGGAACUAGAACCCUACUGGUAUCACCCAACACAUAUGUUCUCUAGCCAAUCCAUUCCAUGGAUAAAGACAACAUAACUCAUUAUUUCCAUAGGCACAAUUAUGGAGUGAGAUAGUGGUUGAUUUGUGGUAUAUAUGAUAAAUAAGGACACCCUAGAAAAGCACAUUUACCAAGAACCUGAUGAUGAUGAUGAUGAUGAUGAUGAUGAUGAUUAGGCAAAGAAUAAGGAUGGCUUCCUCCUCUGAGUCUCUGUCUCUUGGUCACCUCCACACCCACCCUGCCCAUCUUCACUGCCAUCCAUCCAUCAUCUCUCUCUUUCUGUCUCUCUACACUGUAUACUUGCCCAUCAGAUAUAUCCAUCUGUCUGUUGGUUCACAUAUCUCUGUCUCAUUUUCUUGCUCUGCCUUCCUGUGUCCUCUCUGUCUUUCUCUCUCAGGGUGGAGUGUUGGAUUUGCGUCUUGGUUCUUAUUUGAUGUAUUGUUCGUUUAUUUCUUGUCCUUAAGCCCCUUCAGAAGAAUGUGACGCCUUCUCCAGAGACAACAGAACAAAAACUUUUGACAUUGCCAAAAACGUCCUUUUUAAAGGGAGCACACACACACACACACACAUAUAAACACAGACUUCUUUCUUGCGUUCUCAGUGUUCACACUGAAAGGCCUUCCCCUGAGGUCAGGGGUCAAGAUGUUAGUUACAUUAAAGGGUCCAUGACCUCGACCAGGGAUCCAAAAUCGGUCUGCUUGGUUCAUUUUGCUGCAACCUGUUUGGACUUCUAGGCACCGUAGACCUCAGACAUGCCUCAGACAGGGGCCUCACCAAAUCAGCUUCUUUGGUUCAGAGACAAGCCAAGCUCACAGCUCCGCCCCUUUUUCUAGACACGUCAAGGAGGCACGAGUAGUCUACUGUCAUGUAUCUGGUGUAAAUAGCGGUAAGAGAAUGAAAGUUUGAGAAACUGCUUCUUGUAAUAUCUGCAAAUGUUACAAACAAAAGGAAACAAAAUCACAUAAAAGGAUGUGUAGAAGACCUGAACGAUACUCUAUAUCUUUCACUAGUCUCUCCCUCUGUCUCUCUCUCUUUCUCCCUCUGUCUCUCUCUCUUUCUCUCUCUCUCUCUCUCUCUCUCUCUCUCUCUCUCUCUCUCUCUCUCUCUCUCACACACACUCUCUCUCUCUCUUUCUCAUUCACUCUUUUCUGUCUUUCCUCCAUUUUUGCUCUUCCGCUCUGAGAGGGUGACAGAAGGAUGGGAUUUUGUUAAAGAGAUAGACGAGAAAUGUGUUUUUAUUAAAAAAAAUUAUAAUAAAACAAACCGCUGGUUUAUUGUU